CUUCUGCCCAUCUGUCAUUGACCUUUAUGUAGUAGCGAGAAAAGAAAUAAAUCGCUCACAUCCUGUGAGUAUAUUUGAAGAGGCCACUAUUCGUCUUUAUACACUUGAAGUCUUGUCCUUCUUUAUGUAAGCUAUAACGUAAAUCAAAUAACCAACUUAAAGGAAUCACCUGUACUUGCGUCAAAUAAAAAAGUGUGCCAACUGGCGCAUGUGCUGUUCUCGGAUGGGUUAGGUAAAGGAGAAAAAAACAUUUGCUCAAACUUGGCACUGAAUUCACAUUUUAGAAGCGAAUGUUAAAUUUAGAUCUUAAAUGUUUGACGGUUAGGUCGCUUAACGACCACUGUGUGGUUGCACCGAUGUCGUUUUGGGACCGACUGGUCUGUGACGGUAGACGGCCGCCCGCCGCAACGCGCUCGUUAACUUUGCUUGCUUGUAGUCAACUGUAGUAAAGUAGUCGCUCGCUCAGCGUGCGCACACUUCAUGCUAGCGUUUAAUAGAAAACAAAAUUCGAUCGCGGCAAAUGUAUAAAAUAAUAAAAAAAACCGAUAAAAUAUAGUUAACUAAUUAGCGAAGAUUUAUCGUAAUAGUCAUUCCAUUGUGUCUUAAUAUAAAUACCUUAAUUUAAAGUGAUUUUUAAACUGAAUAUUUUAACCUACAAUAUUGUGUGAGAAAAACUUGCGGCUGUAUUUACGAAGUGCGUUAUCAGUUCAUACUAUAUGGUGAUAUUAUUAAUAGCAGUACCUUUAUAGACUUUAUCGGUCCCUUAUUUUCAUGGUAUACCGCAAAACACGUGGUAUUUCCCGCCAUGGUUCGAGUAUGAUGCAAUAUUUGUGUGAAGAUACUCAGAGCGAGCAUAAAAUUAUGAUAAUUUGAACAUGUUUUCAUAUUAGCUUAUGAUUACGUUUAUUUGAAAGAAUAUACAUUAAAAUAUAGAAAUGGCGAAAGUGUCAGCUACAGAUGGUUUAGCGCCUAGGGCGAUGGAUGUUGGUUCAGAUGGUGACAACGACGGUGACUCAGGAAGCGGAGUCCGGUUAAAGAAGGAGUUGAGUUUAAUGAAUGGCGUAGCUAUUAUCGUAGGUGUGAUAGUAGGUUCCGGGAUCUUCGUAUCCCCCAGUCUAGCGCUGAAGUUUGCCGGCUCGAAGGGCAUGGCCCUCAUAGUGUGGGUGCUCUCUGGAUUCCUGUCGAUGAUCGGAGCGUUAUGCUAUGCUGAACUGGGUACAAUGAUACCCAAGUCCGGCGGUGACUACGCGUACAUAGGCGAGGCGUUUGGCUCCCUGCUCUCGUUCCUGUACCUCUGGGUGGCGCUAUUCGUGUUAGUGCCCACUGGAAACGCCAUCACAGCGCUCACCUUCGCACAGAACAUCUUACAACCUCUUUGGCCAGACUGCACGCCGCCCCGUGUCGCCAACACCCUCAUAGCCGCUAUAAUAACCUGCUUUUUAACCGUCAUAAACUGCUACAACGUCAAAUGGGUGACGAGGGUUCAAGAUACCUUUACUGCGGCAAAGAUACUCGCUUUUGUCAUAACUUUCAUCGCGAGCUUGUGGUACUUUUUUUCGGGACACACGGAGAACCUGCAAUCAAUGAUGCAGGGUACCAACACCGCGCCAGGAGAUCUAGCUAUCGCUUUCUGCACUGGUCUCUUCUCUUACUCGGGUUGGAAUUAUCUCAAUUUCGUGACGGAAGAACUCAAAGAACCUUAUAAAAACCUACCACGGGCGAUCUGUAUUUCGAUGCCAGUGGUGACUUUAGUUUAUGCUCUGACAAAUGUAGCCUACUUCGCUGUGCUCACCAAUGACGAAAUCCACUCAUCGGAAGCCGUGGCGGUGACGUUCAGUGAGAAAAUAUUGGGAGUAGUGUCAUGGAUCAUGCCUCUCUUCGUAGCGAUGUGUACGUUUGGCUCGCUGAAUGGUGCCAUCUAUGCAUCAUCACGACUGUUCUUCGUCGGAGCCAGGAACGGGCACUUACCACUUGCGAUAUCAUUGAUUGAUAUCAGGCGAUUGACUCCGGUACCUUCCCUAGUGUUUAUGUGUCUCGUCACUCUAAUAGUACUGUUGACCAACAACGUGGAAUCGCUGAUAGUGUACGUGACCGCGGUGGAAACCCUAUUCACCUUCUGUUCGGUGGCUGGUCUUCUCUGGAUGCGAUACAAACGACCUUCGCUCAUGCGACCUAUCCGUGUUAACUUACUUCUACCCAUCGCCUUUCUAAUAAUAUGCACAUUCCUUGUAGUCUUCUCCUGCUUUAAACAUCCCCAAGAAGUAGGCAUAGGUUUAGCUUUCACAGCUCUAGGGGUCCCCAUAUAUUUUGUCUUCAUUAAAUGGCAAAAUAAACCUGAAUGGCUCGAAUCAGCGUGCAACUCCUUCAAUAUGGCGUGUUCCAAACUAUUCCUAUGUUUGCCAGAAAAUUCCAAGGAUUUAUGAUCUCUCUAAUCGCAGAGUUAAAUUAACUGAGAUUCAGUGUGAUUCUAUUCAUUUUAUAUUUUACUUACGAUUAAGUAUAAGUUAUUUAUGGAUAAGUACAAUGUUAAUUUAUUAUUUUGCGCUGUGCAUAAAUUUAUCUCGAAAUAUUGAUGAUCUGUUUAAAUUAAAUCGACGUUAUGAUUCCUAUGCAUUUUAAGUUUGUAUACAUUUAAUUGUGACAAUAAAUAAAUUUCUUUAAAUAAUAGUGUUGGUUUAUAAGUAAAUCAGUCUCUGAUAAAUAUUUCUAAUGAUAUCGACUGGGUAAAAAAAAAAAAAAUAUUCCGUCAGUCAAAUAAUAGAAAAAUAUUAGAUACGUAUUUUUUUUUAAUUUAAUUAAACAAGAAAUGGUUUAGAUAACAUGCAUUAAAGUUGAGGAGUGGGGCUCGCUACGUCACAGUAUUGUAGAAAAUGUACAAAAGCGUAACGUCACGUGACAAUUCAACUAAACGUAGCGCCGUAAUUUAAUGAUUACGAAAAAAUUAAGACAAAAUCAUGUUUAAUAUUUUUCAACAAUCUAAUUGACGGACAAACAAGCAAAAGAUAUUCAUCAUUCUUAUUGAAACAGAUUAUAAGUAUGUGUAUAAUCGACAUUAUAAUAAUCUUGUUUAGUUAAUCACAUUAGAUAACUGUGCAGAUAAAAAGAACAAAUCGAAUGAACUCGUAUCUAGAACCAUAUGCAUUUUGUAGAUGGAAUAAAUGCCAUGUUUAAAUUUUUUU